AUGUUUCGACUCUCGUAUCGUUUCAUGGCACGCCCCGCUCUCCGAAAGGGGGCUGUAAAGGUUGCCAAGGCAGCGAAGGUGCUGCCUGCCAAGGGCCUGGGGCAGCCUGCCGCCUCGGCUCUUAAGGCCCCCGUUGCGCCGCUGCUCGAGAUGGUGCCCCCAAAAGUGCCGACACUUGGCAUUACACCACCGUCACACGCCACCGUGAAGCCAGCGGACUCUGGGAAGUUGAAGACAGCUUCCCCCAAAAAGCCGGCAAAGAAGCCGACCAAGCAUGUCGCAAAGGUGACGAAGGACGCACUCCACACGCCCACGAAGGCGAAGGCGAAGCCAGUGACGCCGAAAUUGGGCACAAAGCCGGUGAAGCUGCGGCUGGCCAGCAAGCGUAGGCUAAAGGCGAAGGGGGCGCCGAAGGCUCCCAAGUCGGUGAAGCCGGAGGCUCCCCAUCACGCGACGUCGAAGCCAAAGCGCAAGUGA